CUCCCCCUUGCCGGUGUCGUCGCGCGUGUGCUUUGUAAAGUUCCACGACCCCGACUCGGCCGUGGUGGCCCAGCACCUGACAAACACUGUGUUCGUUGACAGAGCCCUCAUAGUCGUUCCCUAUGCUGAAGGUUUGUAACUUGUUUGGUGUUCUACGGGGCCACCUUUGGGUGGUGGUUGGUUCCUGUCUAGUGCACAGAUUUUAACAGUAGUCCUAUGUCAAACACGUCAGAUUGCCAUUCUGAAACCCUUGGUAUAUUGCCUUUGGCCCCUGCAUUUGGUCACUUUGUUUCCAUAGUGACACCAAAUCGAAGUGGAAAGUUUUGUGUGUCUUGAAGUGUAGAAUGAGAACAUUUUAGGCAGAAUUCUAUGCCAAUUUUGCUCUGUGUCAGUCUCAGUGAGACAUUUUCCCAAACAGAUUGUAAUGCAAUCAGGUCAAUAUUUUAAGGAAAUUUUACCUUAAUGAUUGUUUGCCACUCUCACUCUCUUCAUGAGAACGGUUUCUCCCUCCCUGAGAGUGCACGGGAGAGGAAUGAACAUUCCUUUGGGCUAUGCUGCCACUGCAUUUAUUUGGGAACAUCCCCAAAAAAAGGCCCUCACUCUCCUUGUGGAGUCCAGUAUACCAAGGGUUUGAAUAAUUACGGUUUAACUCAAAAGUGACAACUUCCAAGAGGUGCCACAUGGGCACUGGUCCUAGUUUUUAAUUCCAAGUUUUCUUGUUCAUCCUUGAUAUAUUUAAUAGAAUUUCACUAAAUAAUAAACUCUUCUCUCUGUUAUUUGUGUGUGUGAUUUUUGUAGUGGAGAAGGCAAAUGCAAAGCCCUUCCAGAUGACUGAAAAACAGUGGGUCCUCUGCAGCUACAGGGGAUUCUAGCCAUUAACUAAAGGCCAGCAAGCACUCAAGUCCCCAAGUGUUUUCCUGGUGUAACCACUUGUUAACUACAUUUUCUCUUCUUCUUUUUAUUUUUACAUUUUAGGGUGUUACAGUAAUUUCAAAGGCAAUGAGCAGGGUUUUUGGAACUUACCUUAAAAGCAAAGUGCUGAGAAGACACCUCUUCUUACAGAAGUCUUAUUAAACUCUUCUAGACUUGCUUUAGAAGUAACUGAUUUCCAUUGUACUUGUGAAUUUCUUGAUUUACUUCUGGGAAAGGUUGAAUUGAAUGAAAUCUUGCAGAUUAAGUCAUACUACAGUGCUAAGUUGGGUACAUGGCCUGGGGUCACACCUGUAAUCUGUCAUGCUGGAGCUGUCUCUUGAGGCCUGGGGACUGUCUUAUCUUAUCUUUGUAUUCCUUAAGCGUAAAAGAUACAAAACUUAAAAGAUGUCCAGCCUAAUUCCUGGAGUGUAGGAGUGUGCCCUCUGACUGAGCCCUGCUGCUCCCUGAGGGCACAGAACCCCUUCUGCAAUGGAGUUACUGCUCCUGCAGCCCCUGCUUGAGAGCAGCAGAGCUGAGAGCUUCUUGUCCCUGUGUGGCUGUUAAACACAGCACCAGUCCAGUGAGAUUGUCCUGGAAUCUUCCCCAAGGCCCGUGGGGAUAAUGCCAGUGUUUAACUCUUCCUACAAGGAUAAGCCCACUUUUCUCUUUGUCAGUCUCACUUUGCCCACUGUGGAUAAGCCUGGCACACAGAGAAACCUGCCCAGCAGCUGGGCUUCAGAAAGUCCAAUUAUUAAAGCAGAAUGUUUUCCUGGGCCUGUUCAGGAGUCACUCCUGGGCUGUACCUUGUGUUGUCUAACAGUUCAGAAUUUAAUGGCCUUGGCACAUCAUAAGAGAGAUGUUCAGCCAAUAAAGUACUGCCCCUGGGUUGAUAAUCCCAUGCUUCUGUCCCUGUGCUGGAGUAGUUUCCCCAAAAUUCAGCCUGCCAGGGUCCCGGUUCAACCAGGAGCAGCAUUUCCCCAGCCCACAGUGCCACUGCUGAUGUGCUUAAAGCCAGGCCUGUGCUGAGUGGGGCCCUCCUCUCUGAUUUCUGCUGUGCUAAUGAACCUGUGUGAUUAUUGCCUGUCACUAAAGCAAAUGUUUAUUAUCUGUUUAGUGCAAUAAUUCCCCCCCUGUCCCAAGUUUUAGCUCACACAGACACUUUGGUGUUGGCUGUUGCUUUGUGUUAUAGAACUAUACACAAAGGCUACGGUAAGGUUUAGUAUUUGUCAUUUUCUCUGGGCUAAUUCCUGGAUUUGGAAGGAACUCUUAAGGUUAAAGAUGGCUGGGGGGGUGUUUAGGUUCUUUGGUUAAUGUUUGUUUCUUUUGUCUGUUUCUUUUUCUUUCAUUUCUACACAUUCAUGCAGUAUUUCAUGGUUCUAACAAAGCAGCAGUAAAAAAAGCUCUUGAAGCAUGAAAAUUAACUGUUCUUUUCCCUGGUUCAGCCUGAACUAUAUACCAGGCCCUGCUGAAAAUACCACCCAACAGUUUUCUUCUGCAGCUUAUCCAGUUUCUCUUAAGUGCCCUGUACAUAUUGUAUGUUUUAUGAUGAGAUGCAGUUUCUUAAUAUGUAUUACAGAAACACUACUGGUAUUUGCAACUAUAUAGUAAAAUUGUUUUAUUGAACUCUCAUUUUGGGGGCUUGGGCACAUUAACAAAUUAAUCCACCUGUAUAGGGCUUUUGCUGUUGGAUAGAGUAAAACUCCCUCCACAACUGUUUGCUAGUAGGGCCCUGAGCACUCUGUGUGCAGAGCAGGCAGAGCAGGAAGCCCUGGGCUUAGCUGCCUGCAAGACUUUGGGCCACGAGUCCCCUGUGCCACGGCAGGUGGCAGCAGCAUUGUUGGUGCUCUAAGCUGGCACAUAUUGGAACAAAAGCAUUUUACUGCACAGGUAAGGAAUGUGCCAGCAUCCCUGUGUGUAUCCCAGCCACAGACACACCCCCAGCAUUCCCGGAGAGCCGCAGGGACCGCAUUCCAUGUGACACGUCAGCAAAAGCCCUACCCAAAACACCCAUCCCUUCUCUUUAAGUUUGCCAAAAUUUGUAUGGUAGGUGUAAAAGAAAACAUAGUGAACUGUACCAUAUUAUUAACCCCUAAAUCCAACUUUUUUUGUCUUGUGUAUCUUGAUUUUUCUGUGUGCUUUGUAGUGAAGCAGCCGACACGAGUCGUUGUUCAUAAAACAGCUUUUGAAAGUUGAGAGCACUCUCACCCCUGGAGAACCGACUGUGCUUGCUUACGUUUGGUUCAUGACUUAAAAAUCGAGUACAGGAGUCAUUCCUGAUGAGACUAAGGCUUUGUCUCUCUUGGCACCAGCUAAUGCCGUGGCAGGGCUGCUGCCCGGGGGUGGCCUGCUGCCCACUCCCAACCCUCUCUCUCAGAUUGGUGCUGUCCCUUUAGCUGCUUUAGGAGCUCCUGCUCUCGACCCUGCCCUUGCUGCUCUUGGGCUUCCUGGAGCAAACCUGAACUCCCAGUCUCUCGCAGCAGAUCAGCUCCUAAAACUGAUGAGCACAGUGGAUCCAAAGUUGAACCAUGUGGCUGCAGGUCUCGUGUCCCCCAGUCUGAAAUCAGAUACCUCCAGUAAAGAAAUAGAAGAGGCCAUGAAGAGAGUCCGAGAAGCACAGUCCUUAAUCUCUGCUGCUAUAGAGCCAGACAAAAAAGAUGAAAAACGAAGACAUUCGAGGUCGAGGUCGCGCUCGAGGAGGAGGAGGACACCUUCCUCAUCCAGACACAGACGCUCCAGGAGCAGAUCAAGGAGAAGAUCCCAUUCCAAAUCCAGAAGCAGGAGGCGAUCCAAAAGUCCCAGGAGAAGGAGAUCUCAUUCCAGAGAGAGGAGCAGGAGGUCUCGGAGCACAUCCAAAACCAGGGAUAAAAAGAAGGAAGAGAAAGAAAAGAAACGUUCUAAAACUCCCCCCAAAAGCUACAGCACAACCAGAAGAUCCAGAAGCACAAGCAGAGAACGGCGGCGCCGGCGGAGCCGGAGCGGGACGCGGUCCCCGAAAAAGCCCCGGUCUCCCAAACGGAAAAUGUCCCGGUCUCCGUCACCCAGAAGGCAUAAAAAGGAAAAGAAGAAGGAUAAAGACAAGGAGAGGAGCAGAGACGAGAGGGAGCGGUCAACGAGCAAGAAAAAGAAGAGCAAAGACAAGGAGAAGGAUCGAGACCGGAAAUCCGAGAGCGACAAGGAUGUGAAACAGGUCACAAGGGACUACGACGAGGAGGAACAGGGCUACGACAGCGAGAAGGAGAAGAAGGAGGAGAAGAAGGCGGCGGAUGCUCCCUCCCCCAAAGGGAAGGAGCCCGGAGCAGAGAAGGGCAGCGGGGAUCCGGGCAGGGAGUCCAAGGUGAACGGGGACGACCACCACGAGGAGGACAUGGACAUGAGCGACUGAGCCGCCCACAGCCCCUCCAGUGUGAUCCUUUAUGCUGUACUUGUUAAUCCUCAACCUAGAUGUAUCCAGCUCCGAGCUCUCCAUGGUCUGUCCAUCCCGAUACUAACUCACACCCAAAGCUUGAGACAGGGAUCCCCUGCUCCGGGGCCCAGCUGGGGCCGGGCCAGGCUGCAGGUCCCUCCUCCCUCCCUCCCUGCUUCCCUCCCUCCGGAGUGUCCCGGGCUGAGCCAGCAGGGCCCAGCAGGGCCCAGCAGUGUGGGGAGUGUGGCACGGCCCCUCUGUCCUGUGGGAAUGCCCUGGGAGUGUGGCACAGCCUCCUGUCCUGCAGCUGCCGGGGGCCUCCCGGGCACCCCGGAGCCGGCCUUGGAUCGCACCAGCUCUUUGUGCUCCUGGCUUGAGUUCUGGUUGUGAGCCAUGUGCUGGGCUCGUUGGGUUUGGUUUCCCAGUGCGUUUUGGUUGGCUUUGCCCAGGGUUCUGUGCCCUGACCUUCCUGAGGGCUCUCUCCACUGUUCAGUUCCACCCAGGGCGAGCUGGGAUGGUCUGACCUCGGGAAGGGGAAUCCUGGCUGUGCCCAGUGAGGGAGGGUUGGGGGAGCAGCUUCAGCCAGGGCUGGGGGCUCAGGAGCUCACCCGCUGCAGCAGGGAGUGCAUUUUAAAAUGACCUUGGUCUGUUUUUAAAGCAAGUCCAUUGAUAAUGUACUUUUUACUUGAUCUCAAGUUGUACAAACGGAUAAAUUUGUGUUCCUGUCCCGGCCGUUCCCUCCCUCCCGCACUCGGUGAUCCCAUGGUAUUUGCAGAGUAGUUACCCAAAGCUGUUCCUUAGUUCCAGCAGCUCCAGAGCUUUUACUUUUGUGCAGGUAAAGAGACAAAAGUAGCCGACAGUCUGUGCCAUGUCGAUGUACAGUUUCGGAAAAUGUUUUACAAAACUUUGAUAAUAAAACCCUGAAACUUCAACUCCUCUUCCU